AUGGAGAAGCCUGCAGGCAGAAAAAAGAAGACGCCGACCCCGAGGGAGGAAGCAGAUGUGCAGAAGAGCGCCCUCAGAGAGGAGAGGGUGUCCAGGGACAGAAAGCCACCUGAGAGGCCCACUGUGCCCAGGAAGCCCCGCACAGAGCCCCGCCUGAGUCCUGAAGACGAAGAGCACAUCUUUGAUGCCUUCGACGCUUCGUUUAAAGAUGACUUUGAGGGGGUUCCCGUGUUCAUUCCUUUUCAGAGGAAGAAACCCUAUGAGUGCAGUGAGUGUGGGCGGAUCUUUAAGCACAAGACAGACCACAUUCGCCAUCAGAGGGUCCACACUGGAGAGAAGCCCUUCAAGUGUGUGCAGUGCGGGAAGGCCUUCCGGCACAGCUCUGAUGUCACCAAACACCAGAGGACUCACACGGGAGAGAAGCCCUUCAAAUGCAGGGAGUGCGGGAAAGCCUUUAACUGCGGCUCCAAUCUCCUGAAACAUCAGAAGACGCACACCGGGGAGAAGCCCUACGAAUGCACGGACUGUGGGAAAGCCUUUGCCUACAGCUCCUGUCUCAUCCGCCAUCGGAAAUGCCACCCUCGGAAGAAGCCCUGAGCUGGGGCCAUCUGCGGACUCGGGCCCUGCAGUGUGAGCCUCGCCGGACACCUGCUGUAUGGCUCCCUCGUUUUCAGCGUCUGAUGGGGGCGCAGGGCUGUGUGCACUGUGUUCCGUGCCCUGGGGACCCCCGGAAAAUCAGCCCAGUCAGAUGUGGGAACGUGCCAACGAGUGAGAGACCUUUCCACUGCAGAGAAUCUCUUUGAUCAAGACACUGCAGUCAUGUAGAAGCCACAGAGGCUCCUUGCAGCCACAGACCAUUUUCCAAGUUCCCGAUGGCCCACGGGGCUCAGCACCAGAGACCAGGGUGUAUUCACUGCCAUCCACUGGACGUGUUUGGGUCACCUCAGAGCACCCAGCAGGAGAGCCUCCUGGUGUGGUGGGCAGCCCAGCACUUCCCGCUGCCACCUGCCUGUGAUGUCCUCUCUGCUUAAGCCUUUCAUCUGCCGCUGAAGGCCCCAGUCUGGACUCUUUGCCCUCUGGGUCCCCGAGCUCUGCAGCGAGCCCUGGGACCACUCGUCCCUGCCCAGCCAGCUUCAGUGCCGGGGGCAGCUCGUCCCUGCCCGGCCUCUGUGCCCCAACUGUGCUUGGUCCUCUGGCUUCUCUCCUCCUGCUGGAGCGCCAGUCCCUGAGCUCAGACCCCCAUCCCCAGAACUGGGCCACACCACACGUCCUCUUGGCCCAGCCCUCCUCCCAGAGAGGCGGCCUGACUUACCUGGAUGGACUCAGGACAAAGGUUCCUCAGGACCUUGGACACCACCACCUGCUGAGCUUCCCGCCCCAGCCACGCGGUGAAGCCCCUGGGGUGCCCUCGGCAGCUUCAGUCCAGCCUGCAUCUGCCCCUCGGCCUUCCGACAUGGGCGGUGGGACCCAGCCCCACAGACCAGUCCGGCAUUCAGCCUCACCAGAAGCCAAGCAGAUACCUGUGCAGCCUGCAGAACCGCCAGCCACGUAAGCCUCGUUACAAAAACUUACCCAGCCUCGGGUGUUCCUUUAUAGUAACACACAAUGAACUAACACAACUCCCAGUCCUUGCACAGUGUCUCUGUGUCUUAGUGUCCUUCAGAAUUAGCUGUUGGAAGAGCCGGCGUCAGAAGUCAGGAACUCAGACACAAGAAAGAAACCAGGGGCGGGACAGGGAGCUGCUCAGGGCAGGCAUCCUCUGCUGUCUGUCGGGAUGUGCCAGGGAGGGUGGCAAGUGUGGCACAGCUGUCUAGGACGGCCCAGGAGAUGGCACGCAUGCCCUGGUGGUGUCUGCAUUUGGUUUGAUUUUACUUAUGAUAGUAUGAUCGUUGCUUUUACCCGUUACUGACAGUAGGGAGUGUUACUUUUUUUUUUUUUUUUUUUUUUUUUUUUGAGACAGAGUCUCGUUCUGUUGCCAGGCUGGAGUGCAGUGGCGCGAUCUCGGCUCACCACAACCUCCACCUCCCACGGUCAAGUGAUUCCCCUGCUUCAGCGUCCCGAGUAGCUGGGAUUACAGGCGCGUGCCACCAUGCCCAGCUAAUUUUUGUACUUUUAGUAGAGACAGGGAUUCACCAGGUUGGCUGGGAAGGAAGCAUUACUUUUAAUGCCUGCACAAUGACCAGUUGAAUCGAAAAGGCACAGGGCCGAUAGGACGGACCCCCAGGUGUGGAAUGACAUCUCACCAAACGCCGGCCCCAGGUCACGCCCACAGAGACGCCUGCAGCAGCGCACGGCUGGCAGGACCACCUCGGCCACUCUAGCAGCAGGCAGGCUGGUAGAGCAGAUCACCCCCAAAGCAGGAAGUUCCAGAUGAAAUAUGCAUAAGAAGCAACCUCAAAACUAACAAAAAAGAUUCGCACAUUCCUCAGUUAGAGGAGGAGCAGAGAUGAAGAAAAGGAGAAAAGUGCUGGAAAGAGAAGAAAAGGAGCCUCCUUCUGUGCAGCAGGCUCCUGGCCCAGGGAGGGCGGUGUGCAGCAGAGUGCGUGCAGGGAAGCACCCUCGGAAAUCAUGCAGGGAAGCACCCUGUGAAGUCGUGCAGGGAAGCACCCUCUGAAAUGCCUAGAAGUAGCUGCCGGGCUUUCACUUGGUUCCCAAACUUCUUUGAAGAAGGUCAAAACCAUCACAGUGGGCAACUUUACACCAGUGACCCCAGUGUUCACUGUCCUCAGGCCACUGCAGAGCCAUCCUAGUGGGGCAGUGGGCGUGGGGCGGGGGCUCCUGACCCCGGUGAGGCCACCCUGGAGGGGAGUCCCAGGAAUCAGCCUGAUGUUCGGAAUGCCUUCCUGGCAUCUCAGAAGUGUACUGGGGGAGACGUGAGGACCUUUCAGCCAAGUGUCAGUGUUCUCAUUGCAGGAGAACAUUAAAGCCACAACCCAGAAACUUCUCAGGAGCAUGGCGCACCCACACCAGCCCCGGGCUCCGCCUGGACAGCACCUCCUGGGCCGCCCUGACCAGCAGACACCAUCCUUCCAGCCUCUCUUGGCCACCUGGACCAGCGGGCACCACCCUCCCAGCCUCACGCGGCCAUCCUGACCAGCAGGCACCAUCCUUCCAGCCUUGCUCAGCCACCCUGACCUAGAGGGCUGCCCUGACCAGCGGGCACCAUCCUCCCAGCCCCACUCAGCUGCCCUGACCAGCAGGCAUCAUCCUCCCAGCCUCACUCGGCCAGCCGAGCUCUGUGGGCCUCAGAGUGCAGAGAACCUCGAAUGUUGUGACUUUGCUCUGCUGCAGGAACCUACCAUGGAGUGUCCCUUGUGCGAGCAUUUUGAGAGACAUGCCAGCAUCUGUCCCCGCGGGCCCCAUCCCUGAGCCAUUUCUCAGGAGAGCAGGAAGAGAGCAGGGGAGGGGUGCUCCCAGCCAGCCCUGGAAUCAGAGGUCUGGGGACGCAGCCGGCCAGCCCUCCUCGUCCUGGCCUCUGUUUCCUCUUCGACCCAGGGAAGCAGGGGGGCGCCGAUCAGCGACUUAGGCCUGUUGGCUGUGGUGGGGUCCACCUGCGUUUCUGGGGAGCCCACGGACCCUGGGGUGUACCUGGGUUUCAUUCCCAGUGACCUCUCUUAUUGGUCCCCAUUUGGGGCACUGAGAUGUGAUCGUUUCUUUCCUGUGAAUGAGGUGACAUAAAAACAUGCUGUGGAGGAAGACGGGCCUUGGAGGCAGCGAGCUGCGCCUCUGCACCGGGAGAAAGGCCGUGUCCCCAGAGCUGAGGCGGUGGUGGGCAGGGCUCCUGUGGAGCCGGUGUGGGGCAGGGUAUGUCUGAGGUCAGUGAGGAACAGCUGAGGCCCAGGGACGCGGGAAGGAUGGGGUGAACUCCGGGAUGGGGCCAGCAGGGAGCCUCAUGCUUACAGAGCCUGGUGUUGGCACUCUCCUGGUUUCCUCGGCAAACCUAGCCACGUGGUCAGGGAGCCCGGCCAAGCAGACGGCCCCCAACUUGACAGAAUCCCCCGGGUCGUGCGUGGCGGUGGGGGCGACUUCACAGCUGAGACCGGGCCUAAUGCUGCUGUCCCGCAGUCACCCCUGCAGGCGGCUCAGGGCAGGGCUCCGGCCUGACGGGGGUUCCUGGACACGCCUCUGAGCCGGCAGCCCCUACUGCACCCCUGCACCUUCCACGCCCGUCUCUGGCAGCCCCUACCCGCACCCUUGCACCUUCCACGGCUGUCUCCAGCAGCCCCUGCCCGCACCCGCACCUCUGCACCUCCAACGCCAGUCUCCGGCAGCCCCUGCCCGCGCCGGCUUCCCUGCACCUCCCACGCCCAUCUCCGGCACCCCCUGCCCGCACCCGCACCCCUGCACCUCCCACGCCCCUCUCCCGCAGUCCCUACCCGCACCUGCACCCGCACCCCUGCACCUCCCACGCCCGUCUCCAGCAGCCCCUACCCGCACCCGCACCCCUGCACCUUCCAUGCCCGUCUUGCCCUGGGGCCCAGGUGCAAGUUUGUGAGGAGGGCAGCACCGUGCUCCUGUGGCCACCCCUCAGCCAAGUGGAUUCAGCGAGAGUUUUCAGUGUUUGCGCCUAUGUCCCCGUGUGCCUGUUUCCUGGUGAGGCUGGACGCCUGGCAUGUCCGAACACUCAGAUUCCCCAGGCACUGCAUGUGCAGCCGCCGCCACCCGUGUACUGUGGCGCUGACCCCUCCUGUAACAGCUGUGGUCUUGGCCUCUCGUGUUGGUGGCAGAUGUCCCAUUUCCCAGUUACUUUCUGUUGUCCAAAAGUUUAACUGUCCUGCCAGCCAAAGCUGCUGAGCAUUACUCUGAUAGACCAUCAGUCCUUGGUAAGUGUCCUGUGCAUCUGGGAUAAGCAUCCGUUUGUUUUCAGUUGCACUUUCUGUGACUUGCUCUGCGUGUGUCCUCGGUCCGCGUGGGCCACUGCGCUGGUUCCCAGCCUGCCCGACACGCUCACUGCGACGCCUCCCUUCCCUGCUGCUUGCUGGCUUCUGUGUUCUCUGCAGUAAACAUUGAUUUCUGACUCGA